AGACCAACCAAUUUAGACAAUUUAGAGCUGUGCUACGGAGUAGAGCUGGACCCCUUAUUCCAAUCAUUUGACAGGUACGUACCUCCCAUGAACAUAUUCUCAUUGGGAAUAACAAAAAAGAAAAAAAAAAAGUUGGAUUUUGUACGGGGAAGUCAGAUAUUACUUCUAUCGUCGACAUUCCGCUUCAAUUUCCAGAAGCUAGGUCUUCGUCACUCCUUCUUUCCAUAGCGAGGUCCAGCGUCUGCAUAGCGUCUGUUGUGCGUGUGCGUUCUAUUUGUCAAUUCGGCUCUUCUCACACUCCUUUUCAUUUAUUCGAGUCGUUAUCCCAUCCCUCAUCCGCUGUCUCGGAUCGGAAGGAAGCUGUGUCGCCAUGGCGCCCAAUAAGUCAAAGGCCUCAUCCGGUGGAGGGUGCAGCUGUAGUCUCACUAAAGUGCUCACGAUCAUCGGCGCGUUGAUCGGAUUAUUCUUCCCCAUCUACUACAUACUCGAGCGCAACCUAGAGAAAUUCUACAUUUUCGAGCUCGACCACUUGAAAGACGUGUCUUCGCGCGGUAUCGAGAAAUAUGGCAACGACACCGGCAAAAUCGUCGAGUACAUCGUCGCCGAACUUCACGAGAAGUACCCCCGACACGUUAACCCUAAGUGGAACGUUCCGGAAGAAUGGUUCUUUAACAACGCCGGCGGUGCCAUGGGUGGCAUGUACAUUAUCCACUCGAGCAUCACAGAGUACCUAAUCAUCUUCGGCACAGCCGUCGGCACCGAAGGCCACUCGGGACGACACACCGCCGACGACUACUUCUACAUCCUAAGCGGCGAGCAAUGGGCCUACGUCCCAGGUAACUUUACACGCGAAGUCUACCCCGCGGGCGCCAUGAACCACAUGCACCGCGGCACCGUCAAGCAAUACAAGAUGCCCAACGACUGCUUCGCGCUUGAGUACGCCCGCGGCUGGAUCCCCCCUAUGCUAUUCUUCGGUUUCGCCGACGGCGUUUUCAGCACCCUCGACGUGCAAACCCUAUACCGCACCGUCGUCGUCACCGGCCGUGAGAUGAUUGCCAACCUCUUGAUUGGAAAGAUCUAGACGGAUUCUGUCUGCUAGACGUGUAAGAGUUGUAUUUAGAAAAUGUCCUGUUAGAUCUAGGAAUGCCACUAUUUAGAGUGUCAAGCUAGAGGGGAGAUAACUCGUCGCGCUGCGCAUAAUGAUAAUUUAGCUAUAUAGGAGGUCUGACCUGAUAUACAAAAGGUCGGAUGAAUAUAUUAGAAGAGGACAAGUAUUGCGAAUGCGAUAUCCCUCAAUAUGUCGAACCUGAUAUCCAGUUUCAAGCCUAAAAAUUAGGUGCUCAUCAUUUAGUAUCUUUGGCACCUUACGGAUGUUCGCUGUGGUAUUUUCUUACUAAGUCAUGCGUGGUCCUUACUGAGAUACAUUUCUCCACAUAAAGAAAAGGGGUAGAUCGUAGG